CCGAAGUUCGGGUUUAAGACAGAACCAAAAGAGAUAGAAAGAUGAGAGUGAAACGACAAAACUUGCCGUCGUUCGUGUAACUCAAACCAACCUAUCAACUGAGAAAAAAUUAGGGCACAAAAUAAUGUGGGUUUCACGUCCGCGACUCAUAGAUCCCUCGGAAAAUUCAUCACGAUUUGUUCUGUAAUUCUUCAAUUCCACGGCGUUCUUUCUGCUUCCUGGAGAUCUAACGUUGGUGAAUUCGGAUUGGAGCCGAGAGAUUGCCUAUAAGAAUCGUCCUUUGUUCGGAUCUUCUAAUUUAUAGAUUUGUGUUGUCUGCUUUCUCGCUCAAAUCUAUAUGAUCUUUAGGGAGUAAUUUUCUCGAUGGCUGUUCGAAUUUUUCGAGAAUAGAUCCAAAGAAGCUCGUGCUUUGGUGCAACUAGACAGGCCACAUCCCACGUUUUGAUUUCUUAGGUUCACUGUAAAGAAUAAUCAGGAGAGUACACAGAUGGAUUACCGACCUUCUGAUAGUAGUGGUACAGAUGAUGACCUGCCUCCAUCUCAUCAAGGUAGAUAUCAAAGAAACGCCAGACCUACCGGGAAUGGAAGGCCUUCAGUUCUCAAUUCUGCUCCUUUAUCACGGGUGCACAAUGAAAUGGAAACUCAAAUUCAUCUCAUUGAGCAAGAAGCUUAUAGCUCGAUACUCCGCGCAUUUAAAGCCCAGUCCGAUGCUAUUACCUGGGAGAAAGAAAGUUUGAUCACUGAACUCAGAAAAGAACUUCGAGUGUCUGAUGAGGAACACAGAGAGCUGUUAUCAAGGGUUAACGCUGAUGAAAUGAUCAGGCGAAUAAGGGAAUGGAGAAAGGCAAACAGCCUUCAGUCUAGUGUUCCUCAGCUGGUUCAUGAUGCUCCGAGUCCGGCUGUAUCAGGAUCACGUAAGAAGCAAAAGACAUCACAAUCAAUCGCCUCAUUAGCGAUGGGCCCACCAUCUCCUUCUUUGCACCCUUCAAUGCAACCAUCGUCAUCUGCACUAAGAAGGGGAGGUCCUCCACCAGGUCCAAAGACCAAGAAGCCAAAGACAUCGAUGCAGUACCCAUCUACAGGCAUUGCUGGAAGGCCCCAGGCUGGCGCUUUAACAAAUGAACCAGGUGAAUCGGGAUCAUAUGACCCGUUGGUUGGAAGGAAGGUAUGGACGAAGUGGCCUGAUGACAACCAAUACUACGAAGCUGUUAUAACUGACUACAACCCUGUUGAGGGGCGUCAUGCUUUAGUGUAUGAUAUUAACUCUGCGAAUGAAACCUGGGAAUGGGUAAAUCUUAAAGAGAUAUCUCCGGGAGAUAUCAGAUGGGAAGGUGAAGAUCCUGGGAUUUCUCGUAAAGGAGGACAUCCUGGGCAAGGCCGUGGAACAAAAACCAUGGCUCGUGGUGGUCCUGCAAGCAAUGCGGGUGGUAGAGGUAGGGGAAGCAUGAGGAUGCAGCAACCUAAGACACAGAAUGGCAUCGGAAAGAAAGCUUUAGGCGAAAUCGAAAUUCUCCACACUGAGACAUUGUUAAAAGAGGUGGAAAAAGUUUUUGGGUCAGUUAACCCCAACCCAGCAGAGGUAGAGAAGGCAAAGAGAGUGCUGAGAGAUCAUGAACUAGCUCUUAUGGAUGCCAUCGCAAAGCUUGAAGAAAUAUCAGAUGGAGAAAGCGGUAAUAUUUGAUAGGGGCUUUCUAAAUCUCCUCAGAUGAUGGAGCCGGAGCAUUAGAGUUGCAAAAAGGUGUUGUAGAUGGUGGUGGCAAAAUGUGAAUUGAUGAGGGAGAUUUGGAAACUUGUAUGGAUGGCAAAAUGUAUUUUGUUUAGGAGGGGGAUUUGAUGACAUUUGUGUACCACAUAACUCCAAAAACUGGAUUUGGAAAUUAGGGUUCUUAAGCAUUGUAAAAUCCAUAAGACUUGAUAUAAAUGUAGAAUGUUUCAGAGACGACAAGAUGAUGGGCAAAACUCAGCUCUCUAGAAGGAUGAGAUGUAGCAGCGACUAUGAAGGAUUACUAAUGUAAACUAUUAGAAACAUUAAUGAAAAGAUCAACCCUUUUGUUCGAAGUAUCCGGAGAUCUCAGUUCUAAGAAGAAAAAAAAACAUUAACCAAGUCAAAAGUAUUGAUAUCUUGUAGU